AUGUCUAAAAUUGUAAGAUCAACCAUUGAUACUGAAGUCAAACGUAAACAGAUUAUAAACGAUAUUAAUGAAGAAUAUAAUUAUUAUCUAGAAGAGGAUAUGAACAAUCAUACUCAAAAUAAGAAGCGCAUCUAUCGAAAUAUUUUGUUAGUGGUUCUUUCAAAAAGUGGAAAAACUACAUUAGGACAUAUUAUUGCAGAUCCUCGAUAUAUUCCGAAAGAAUUAACAUUAUCAUCAAUAUCAGCUAGAGAUAUUCAAUAUAUAUGGAAUAUAUUUGCAGAACCAAGUCUAGUUUCAUUAAACAUUGUUGAAAUACCUGAUUGUAUGAUUAAUGAAAAUAGCAAUUUGUCAGAUAUAAAUAGAGAAUGCAUGAAACUAGAAAUUAGCGAAUUUCAUUUAGUUUGUUUUUGUACAUCUCUUAUAACAGGAAUCGAUGGAUAUGCUAUUAAAUUAUUUACACGUUUUAUUCAACAUUUCAGUGAAGAAAAAAUCGAUGAUAAUUUAUGUUUUAUUAUAACUCAAUGUGAAAUGAAGAAUGAUGAACAACGACAAUGUCUACGUGAUGAGUUUUUAUCUGAUACUGAAUGUGCAAAGUUGGCAAAAAAUAAAACAGAUAGAAUUUAUUUUUCAGGUGCACUUAAUCCUGAUGAUUACAAAAGAGCAAAUGAUACUCUCUAUUAUCAAUUUAAAAAUAUUUAUAAUUAUAGAAAAAAUUUAUUGCUAUUUAUCGAGAGUGAUGGCUGUGGACGUGGAGUGUUGUUCAUCCACACCCACACCCAUACACCCAUACCCACAUCCACACCCACCCACACCCACA